GCGUUUUCGUUCAUUCCAUUCCAUUUGAUUGCAUUUGGCGCCAAACAAAGUAUAAAAGCUGGAGAACCUGGGCUGCGAUCGGCACACUAGUACCGUGACAAUAGAGGAGCCACGACACGCGGAGGCGGCUGCUGCAAAACCCAAAAGGACCAUAGGAUUCGCAUGGAUUUGUGACUUAUUUCAGAGAGAGUGCAUAGAGUUUGUUUGUGCGUGUGCGUGUGUGUGUGUCUGUGAUUAGUGAUUGGUGUUUGGGAAAAGGACAUCCAAGGAUACAUCUCCUAGCUCCUGUUGAGACUUGGAAUAUACUCGCUCAAUCAAAAGAAAUCAGAGAUGGCUCUGAAAUGGGCUCUUCUGAUCACGAUGCUGACGCUGGCGCGGAGUGCAAAGUUGGACAACAAAUACCUGCCGCCGCCGGCGAGUGCGGCUAGUGCGGGCGGCAGUCCGGGAGCAGGUCUCCAGGGACCAGGAGGUGGCUUCGGCGGUGGCGGAAGGCCAGGAGGUGGCAAUAACGGAUUGGGUGGAAUCAACAAUGGCCUGGGCGGAUUUUCAGGCGCUGGCGGUGCAAGUCGACCCAUUGGACCGGCCCCUGCUCAACGUCCCAGUGCUCCAGCGGCUUCUCCUCCAGCUGGUCCGCCCAUCCCAAUAUUGUCGUUCGUGAACGAAAACGAUGGCGACGGCAACUACCGUUUCAGUUACGAGACGGGCAACGGCAUCAAGGCCCAGGAGGAGGGCACCGUGAAGAACAAGGGCUCCGACAGUGAGAUCCCUUCCGUUAUGGGCUCCUACUCGUACACCAAUCCCGAGGGCGAGCUGGUCGAGAUCUCGUACACGGCCGAUGAGAACGGAUUCGUUCCCUCCGGAGCAGCAUUACCAACACCGCCGCCCGUUCCGGAGGCCAUUGCCAAAGCAUUAGCCGCCCAGGGUAUUUCUGUACUUCCGGGUGGUGGCUUCAGUGGAGGAGCCGGUGGCCAGGGAGGCGCCGGUGGCCCAGGAGGAUAUGGAGGCGCCGGUGGACAGGGAGGUGGCGGCGGAUCAGGAUAUGGCGGUGGAGCAGGUCGAGGGGGUGCUCCAGGAGCCGGCGGCCAAGGAGGAUUUGGAGGUGGGCCUGGUGCUCCAGGAGGCGGCGGUGGGCAAGGAGGCGGUGGUGGAGCAGGUUACGGCGGAGGAGCAGGUCGAGGUGGUGCUCCAGGUGCCGGAGGCCAAGGAGGAUUUGGAGGUGGAGCAGGAGCUCCAGGAGGCGGCGGUGGGCAAGGAGGCGGCGGAGGAGCAGGAUAUGGUGGUGGAGCAGGUCGAGGUGGUGCUCCAGGAGCCGGCGGCCAAGGAGGAUUUGGAGGUGGGCCUGGUGCUCCAGGAGGCGGCGGUGGGCAAGGAGGCGGCGGUGGAGCAGGAUAUGGCGGAGGAGCAGGUCGAGGUGGUGCUCCAGGAGCCGGCGGCCAAGGAGGAUUUGGAGGUGGGCCUGGUGCUCCAGGAGGCGGCGGUGGGCAAGGAGGCGGCGGAGGAGCAGGAUAUGGUGGUGGAGCAGGUCGAGGUGGUGCUCCAGGAGCCGGCGGCCAAGGAGGAUUUGGAGGUGGGCCUGGUGCUCCAGGAGGCGGCGGUGGGCAAGGAGGCGGCGGUGGAGCAGGAUAUGGCGGAGGAGCAGGUCGAGGUGGUGCUCCAGGAGCCGGCGGCCAAGGAGGAUUUGGAGGUGGGCCUGGUGCUCCAGGAGGCGGCGGUGGGCAAGGAGGUGGCGGAGGAGCAGGAUAUGGUGGUGGAGCAGGUCGAGGUGGUGCUCCAGGAGCCGGCGGCCAAGGAGGAUUUGGAGGUGGGCCUGGUGCUCCAGGAGGCGGCGGUGGGCAAGGAGGCGGCGGUGGAGCAGGUUACGGCGGAGGAGCAGGUCGAGGGGGUGCUCCAGGUGCCGGCGGCCAAGGAGGAUUUGGAGGUGGAGCAGGAGCUCCAGGAGGCGGCGGUGGGCAAGGAGGCGGUGGAGGAGCAGGAUAUGGUGGUGGAGCAGGUCGAGGUGGUGCUCCAGGAGCCGGCGGCCAAGGAGGAUUUGGAGGCGGGCCUGGUGCUCCAGGAGGCGGCGGUGGGCAAGGAGGCGGCGGAGGAGCAGGAUAUGGUGGUGGAGCAGGUCGAGGGGGUGCUCCAGGUGCCGGCGGCCAAGGAGGAUUUGGAGGUGGAGCAGGAGCUCCAGGAGGCGGCGGUGGGCAAGGAGGCGGCGGGGGAGCCGGACGCGGUGGUGCUCCAGGAGCGGGCUCUCAGUACAUCCCCCCACCGCCUGGACUCCCAGGAGGUGGACGGGGCAGCGGCGACUUCAAUCCCCAGACUGGCUACAGCUAUUGAUCCCGGCGGGAUCCCCUUCCAGCCAAAACCCCAUCACUCCGAUCGAAGAAACCUCAGUGCAACGCUAAUGCAAUUA